AUAAAACCAGGGCCCAGGGCUGAGCACCUGCCCGCGCCCCUACUGUGCCAUCGGAAGGGCUUCGCACCGCCUGCUCCCCACCCUAGUUCACUCAAGUCCGAAGUCGACGCCCCCCGCCCCCACGAUGUCCAAAGCAGCUCCCGCCAAAAAGCCGGCGGCUACGGCCCCGCCUCCGGGAUGUACCCUGGAUAUCAACGACCCCCAGGUCCAGAAAGCGGCCAUUCGUAUCCAGGCCUCUUACCGGGGCCACAGGUCCCGGAAGGAGCUGCGGGAGACCGGGCCGCCGCGCGUGCUGGAGCCGCUGAAGGACGUGGUGCUGAUCGAGGGCAGCGCGGCCAAGCUGACUUGCCGCAUUUCGGCUUUCCCGGACCCGUUCAUCCGCUGGAGCAAGGAUGGCAAGGAGCUGCGCGACGGGCCCAAGUAUCGCUACAUCUUCGAGGACCCUGACGUAGUCGCGCUGGUGGUGCGCGACGGCGAGCUGGCGGACCUAGGCCAGUACAGCAUCAACGUAACCAAUCCCUUCGGCCAGUGCUCCGACUCGGCGCGCAUCCUCGUGGAAGUCCCGGCGAAAAUUCAAAAGGGACCGGAUAACACCAAGGCGCGCAAAGGCGCCACGGUGACGCUGACUGCGGAGAUCAUGGGCGAGCCCGCGCCCGACGUGGGCUGGACCAAGGACGGGAAGGACAUCGAGGAGGAUGACAGGGUUUACUUCGAGAUCGGCAGCACCAACACAACGCUGACCAUCCGCCGGGCCACACCUCAGGACAGCGGCAAGUACGAGGUGUUCGUGGAGAACAGCCUGGGCAUGGACCAGAGCUUCGCUCGCGUGGACGUGGCCUGAAAGGGACGCUCGGAACUUUCGCUCUGUUUCCAAGCCUUGGGGUGGGUGGGACGAACAACCCCCUUCUUUUUUGCUUAAUAAAGCUGCUCUCUCUGA